AUGGCUGGUUCGAGUUUACGACAAAUUAUUCAGCAUUGGUUAUCCUACCCUGACCAAGGAAUCAUGUUGAACUUAGGCUCUUGCAUUCUGUGGAACAUAUGGAAGAUGAGGAAUGAUCUAGUCUGCAAUAAUUCCCAACCAUCGACCUCUCAAUGCAUUCAGAAGGCUUUACAGGAUUUCAAAUUAUUUGAUCUUCAGAAUGCCUUAAAUUUAUGCUCUAAUAUUGCAAUCGAUGAGAACAAUGCAAUUUUAUGGGAAGCUCCUCCAAACUGUGUCAUUAAAAUUAAUGUUGAUGCAGCGUUCAAUAAUGGGGAUGCUGCAGCAGAUGCUAUUGCCAGAGAUUCAUUUGGAAAUCAUCUCGGUAGUGGUUCAAUUUGUUUCAACACCGUAUCUUCUACUGUGGCAGAGGAAAAAGCUUAUGGUUUAGGAAUGCAAUUAGCAAAAAGACUGCAAGUUUCCAAAAUUGUCGUGGAAUGGGAUGCCUCAGACAUUCCCAAGGCUAUAAAAGGGAGUACGAAUGAGAUACCAUGGAGUAUUCGUUCAACAAUUCUCUCCAUUCGUGAUCACAUCAAGGAUUUUAGUGAAAUUAGUUUUACUUCAGUUCCUAGAGAUGUAAAUGCUAUUGCACAUGAUUUAGCUCAAAGUGCAAUCUCUAAUAAUGUAAACAGAUAG